AUGGGGAUCAAGGCUGGCCUCCCCAGAUAUGAGCUGUAUCUCUACAUUGCUGUGCUCUCCGGGGCCUUGGCUUGGGCUGCCAGUUGGAUAGUGGAGGCUUCAAGCGAGAAUGUGAGCAGAAAGACAUUCAAAGAAAGUGUCAAACCAGGAUGGUAUUACUUUGGCAGGAAAAUGGAUGUCGCGGACUUUGAAUGGGUGAUGUGGUUCUCCACAUUCCGCAAUCACAUUCUUUUUGCGCUCUGCGGCCAUGUGAUUUUUGCCAAAAUCUUCACCUUGCUGGCGCCAAAGAUUGGUAUAGAUGGAUGUAAGCACAGAUCGUUGAUCUUCUGCGUGUACGGCGCUUUGGCCGUCCUGGUCACCAUGGGCUGGACCUUCAUGGCUUUGGUUCUGUCUCACUGCAUGGUACUGUACAGCGUGGCUAUGGUAAAGACCAAGUGGAUGUGCUUUGUCGCUGGCCUGGCCACACUGGCCUCAAUCAAGCUGGAGCCUUAUAACUCUUGGCAGGAAACCUUGGUGACGGGCUCUUUCGACCUGCAAGACAUCCUUUUUUACGGAGGUUGCGGCUUCACCAUCAUGCGUUGUAUGAGCUUUGCUUUGGAGAAUUGUGAGAAGAAAGAUGGCAACUACACUUUUGGUGAUUUGCUGAAAUACAACUUCUACCUCCCCUUCUUCUUCUUCGGACCUGUUAUGACCUUUGACAAGUAUCACGCCCAGGCCAACAACACCAAGCUGAGCCGCAAAGAGAGGGAGAUGUGGAACAUUACCACCAAGGCCGUGUUACACCUGGCACUGAUCCUGACGGUUGAUGCUUUCUUCCACUAUCUCUACAUCUUGACAAUCCCCACUGACAUCAUGUUGGUAACGCAACUUUCUGACUGGUGUCUAGCUGGUCUGGCUUACUUCAACCUGCUGUACGACUGGUUAAAAGCAGCUGUGAUGUUUGGAGUUAUUAACACAGUGGCAACAUUGGACCACUUAGACCCCCCUCAGCCUCCAAAGUGUAUCACAAUGCUAUACGUCUUUGCCGAGACGCACUUUGACAGAGGCAUCAAUGACUGGCUUUGCAAGUAUGUUUAUGACUACAUUGGUGGAGAUCACGAACAAAUAUUGAAGGAGUUCCUGGCCACCGUGAGCACCUUUGCCAUUACUACCCUCUGGCUGGGCCCUUGCGAAGUGGUUUAUAUCUGGUCCUUUUUUAACUGCUUCGGCCUCAACUUUGAGCUUUGGGUAGCCAAGUUCUUCUCUAUUCCGCCAUUUUCUACCAUAGAGGGUUUAAUGGGUGAAGCCAUGUCACGCAGGAUCCGCGGUCUGUUCAAUGCUGCCAAUUUCUGGGCUAUCAUCCUCUACAACGUUCUUUCCUUGAACAGUUUGGGCUUUGCCAAACUGGUUGGAAGAAGACUGAUUUUUAAAGGCUUUCCCCUGUCUACUCUAUCUGUGCUAUUGGUGACCUACUGUGGUGUACAGCUGGUCAAAGAACAUGAAAGACAGCAAGCCCUGGCGGAGGAUGCACAGCCAGUCAAGCCACUAGAUGCCAACAAAGAAAAGGCAGAAUAAAUAAACACACCCUCCUAACAUUAUCUGCAAGCUUCAGAUCAGAACCAGACUUAACAGCCAGCUUGUGUUUUGCAAUUGAUGUUUCCUUAAGUGCACUUUCUGGUGUUAAUCAUCACAGUGUUUGGCACAAAGACCUUUUGAUGGUACAUUUCUUUUUUGUAUCCAAACACUGCAAAGUGUAAGUCCGCUAAUGAUGUUACAAUUACGAGCACGCAGGAUUGGACGGAACCAUCACUGACAGUUUUUUGUUGUUUUUAAUAUGUUUUCCUCAAAUUCAAGCACAAGUUUGAUUCUGAUGAUCACAUGGUUUUUACUUCAUCUGAGAAUGUCUUACACUUUAAUCAACACAAUGUUUUAAAGGGCUUCCAUGAAUGAAGCCAAAAUAAUAAUCACAGGUGCUGUGGAGGGAGUCCUCCACAUUGCAUGCAGCUAGCUAAUUGUAUUUAUCAGCUUAUAUCUAUUCCAGAGACUCAAAAGCAUGAUUCAGGCCUUAAUGCUUAGUGACAUCGACCAAGAAUGUGUUGGAUCUUGUUGAAUGUGUAUUGUGUACUGUCCCCAUUGGGGGAUAAAAAGAGCCAUGCACUGUCAUGAGAAUGGGAGCUAAUUGCACGAGUCGUUUUUCCUGCAAACCGCCUUCCUCUUUUUGCUCACGGCAAAGAAGGGCCAAAGCGUGUUACCGUCACGUUUAUAUUGCCUUUUGGCGAUAGGACUUCUGAUCAAAAGAAAAAUAAAGUUUUGUUCCAUCCAGAAUCAUCUCUUCAAACUACACUGAGAUGCAGGUUCAGUGGGACAACCAACAUGUUUGAAUUGGAUCUGAGUGGUUGAUGUUGUUAUGUGACUGAGUCAGGCGUUGGCCUCAAUCACCACAAGAUGGCCUAGUUUAGACAAAUUUCAUUACCAUUGUUACACUCACACAAUGUCAUUAAACGAAACCUUUAAAGGGCAGGCAAA